AUGCCACCAGCAUCAACUUCAUUAUCGAAGGUUAAAACCGUAUCAAUGAAGUCACUGCAAGUGAAACACAACGGACUGCAAGCUUCUUUUUCAAACCUUGUGAGCUUCAUGAAUGAAUAUCCUGAGGGGACAACCGCCAAUCAGAUCGCAGUUCGUCUUGAGAGGUUGGAUGAUUUGUGGGAAAAGACAAACGAUAUUUAUUACGAAAUUGAGUGUCAUGAAGAUUUUUCACCUGAUGAAGAAGUCUAUGUGAAGGAGCGUUCAGUUUUUGAAAAUCGAUAUUACGAUGUAAAAUCAUUUCUGUUAGAUAAGGCCAGGGAGUUAGAAGAUACUGGUAAUUUGAACCAAACAACAAGGCAAUUAGAUGCAACAAUGCAGGGAGUAACCGAACAUGUACGUCUUCCAAUGAUUAAACUGCAAUGUUUCGACGGUAACAUCGACGAGUGGCUCAGCUUUAGGGAUCUUUUUACUUCACUAAUUCAUUUGAAGCCUGAGUUACCGGACGUAGAAAAACUGCAUUAUCUCAAAGGAUGUUUAGAAGGCGAAGCGAGGGCGCUAAUCGAUUCUUUGAAGAUCACAAAGGCAAACUAUCAUAUUGCCUGGGAAUUGUUGCUCAAGCGUUAUAAUAACAGCAAACUAUUGAAGAAGAAACAGAUGCAAGCACUAUUCAAACUACCAACUAUAGUCAAGGAAUCGGUCGUAGAAUUGCGCUCAUUACUGGAAGGAUUUGAGAAAACCGUUAACACGUUGGAUCAGAUAACACAACCAGCAGAUUUCAAAGACUUACUGCUGGUGAAUAUUCUCAGUUCCCGGUUGGAUCCAUACACACGAAGAGGGUGGGAGGAAUUUUCCUCUACGAGAGAGCAAGAUACGCUUCCUGAACUCAUCGAAUUUCUGCAGCGACGUGUGCGAAUUUUGGAAGCGCUCCCUGCUAAAUCAUCGGAAAAUAAACACGAGCAAACCGCAGUUAUUAGAAAAGGGCCAACCCCAAUACGCGUCAGUCACCAUGCUGCUCCACAUAUAAGCGGGAAAUGUCCUGCAUGUCCCGAUACACAUUAG